UGUGAGCUGACUGAGAGACCAACUGCUACAACAUGUCUGGACGUGGAAAGGGAGCCGGUAAGACCAGAGCGAAGGCCAAGACCAGGUCCUCCAGGGCCGGGCUCCAGUUCCCCGUGGGCCGUGUCCACAGGCACUUGAGGAAGGGUAACUACGCCCGGCGUGUCGGCGCCGGAGCUCCGGUGUACCUGGCGGCGGUGCUGGAGUAUCUGACCGCUGAGAUCCUGGAGCUGGCCGGGAACGCGGCCCGCGACAACAAGAAGACCCGCAUCAUCCCCCGUCACCUGCAGCUGGCCGUCCGCAACGACGAGGAGCUCAACAAGCUGCUGGGCGGAGUGACCAUCGCUCAGGGCGGCGUGCUGCCCAACAUCCAGGCGGUGCUGCUGCCCAAGAAGACCGAGAAGGCCGCCAAGAAGUAGACACAACAACAACAACGGCUCUUUUAAGAGCCACGCACACAACCAAAGGGAUAAAUCCUAAAACAAAGGUGGUUCAAGCAGACAUAGGAUACAUUUUGAAUUUAUAAAUUAAUGAUUAACUUGAUGACCGAUGCUAAAAAUAAUUCAAGCGGCUUUCAAUAGGGAAGAAUUGAGGCGGAAAGAAAAUGACCAACUUGAGUUUCUUGGUUGUGUUUCUUACUGGUCAAAGGUUUUCUGAUUGGAUAACAAUUCAAUUGCCAUGUGUGACAUGUCAAAUCAAUACGCCUCCAUGUCGUGUGAUUAGACCACGAGCGCAGGUGCAUGAGUGUGGUUAUGAUCAAAGAUGGGCUAAGGAUGUAUGGGCGAGACUUAGAAAGGGCUGCAACAUUUACAUUUGUUUUUGAUUCAUGGUUUACAAGAAAGCCCAUAUCAGAAUAAAGGAACAAUGACAAAGUAAUGCAUGUGAGGAGAUGUGGGUGGUAGGGAAUGGGGAGCCAGUUAUUUUUCAUGUGUUGGGUUAGCGGAAGCAAAGCAUCAUGUUGGCUGUAUUUUACUAGAAGCUUGAAAACAUUUAUUUAUUAUCUACAAUGAACAUGAUACAUUACCACAACUAAUAUACAUAUGUAUAUAUUGUUGUUGCAUGUGUUUGUCGCUAUAUGGACUCAUGAGUCUGACAUACAAUAUAUGU